CUUUUGUUGUUCGUUUGGACAUAGUUAAUAUAGUGCAGUGUUGGAUAAAAUAAAGGGAAAUCUCAACGGUGUUUUUUUGCAUAUGGACAAAUCAUUAUGACUUCUAUAGAAGAUAAAAUUCUCGGCUACAAAGCACAAAAUUACGUUUCGAGUUCCGAAAGCGAGGAAGAAGGCGAAACCGAAAGUCACACUGACAGCAACGAACAAGCUUCUGGUGGAGCUGCUCCCGAUGUCGAAAAUCUUUGUUUCACUACAGGCGCCAAGACAGGGCCGAAAGGUGUAUUGCAAGACUUCAGACGAUACAAGCAGUUAGAAACACAACAGAAGCAGGAGCAGGAAGAAGAGUUGAAAUCUUUGAUAAAAAAGUUUUCUACUGGCUGUCAAACCAGUAUAGACGAUGAGAAAGAAAAAGCUUUGAUGAAAGAAUUAGAGAUUGAAGAAGAUGAAUUCUUGAAACAGUAUCAUUUUAAACGCUUAUUGCAAAUGAAAGAAGAACAAGACCGUAAGAUAGCUGAAACAAGACCCAAGUUUGGUCAUGUUAUAGAGAUAACUGAUACUGAUGCAUUCCURAUGGAAAUUGAUAAAGAAUUGCUUCAUGUAGUGAUAGUUAUUGACAUACCUAGCUGUAUUUGUAUGAAUACUUGUCUGGAUUCUCUUUCUCAACAAUACCCAAUGGUCAAGUUCUGUAGAGUCAAAGCCACAAUAACUGGCAUAAGUGCAAAUUUUAGAGAAAAUGGACUWCCAGCUCUACUAGUUUAUAAAGGUGAACAGCUGGUUGGCAACUUUGUUCAACUUGAAAAUGCAUUUGGAGAUAAUUUUGAUUCAAGUGAUGUAGAAAGUUUUCUCAUUCAGAAUCAUAUAUUGACAGAUGAUAUCAACUGCGAACCAUCAACAAUAGCUCAACAUAAUGAAGAUCAUGAAGAUAGUGAUUUAGAUUUAGACUAAAGAUGCUCAAAUUCAUGAUAUAUUGAUAAUUAUUUUAUUGUAGAUACUGUAUUAAUAUAUUAAGGAAGACCUUGUAAAGCUGCAAUCCACUAGAAUGAUAUUACUGACAUAUAAAUAUGUGAUCUUAACCAGCAGGUGUAAGUUAGGAUAGUCAUGGCCAGUUACUGAUGGUGGUCAUGGCCAGCCAGUGUAUGCUCAUGGCACUUUUCUGCCAAUGCAGUACUGUGACAUUGAAUGUAUAUAUUUGACAUAUUCUUGAAUCAACAUUUUCAUUUCAUAUGAUACCARAUUGGUUCCUUGACCAUGUUGUGUCAUGUCCAUGCCAUAAUACGUGGCUUUGUGCAGUAAAAUCAAAUCCAGUCAGUGUGAGAUAAACAGUCAUUGGUUUAGGAUAAUAUGAUUAGAAGUGGAAAAAAAUAUUAUUGUGAAAUAUCCAGCUGUAUCCCUACUAAAUUAUAAUAAAAAAAGACAUGAAAGUACAUCAUAUGACCAAAAAUAAUAUUGUUAAUUACAAUGUAAAUAUAUCUGUUUGCAAUAGAUAUUAACAAUAUAAUAUUUAGGUAAUUGAUCACUACAAUUAUACUCUAAAUAGUUUGUAUGUGGAAGUGAAGUUUUCACUAAGAUGUGAUCAUGUACUAUARAGCCUGUGCAUGUAUAGAUGUCCAAUGGAAAGUCAUUAUGUUUCCUGCAAAAAUGUACAGAUAAAAAGWAAUCAAUAUAAUAUGAAAUAUAAAAUCACAAUAAAAAAGCAAUGAAUAAAAUUA